AUGUGGAAGGCUGGCCUGGUCCUCCAGGGCCAGGAAGUGGCCAUAACCUACUGGCGUGACAGCCUGUGUAAAUACACAGGACGCCAUGCCUUCCCUGUGCCCCCUUUGCCCCAAAACAUGUUUGUUGCCCCCGUGCAGCCACCACCUCCUGGGGGUCCACUGUGCCCCCAGCCACUUUCCUGGAGGUCCACUGUGCCCCCAGCCGCCCUCCUGGAGGUCCACCGCACCCCCCAGCUGCCCUCCUGGAGGUCCACUGUGCCCCUAGCUGCCCUUCUGGGGGUCCACUGUGCCCCCAUGCAGCCACCACCUCCUGGGGGUCCACUGCCUUCAUGCAGCUUCCAUUCAGGCUGCUCACCAGCCACCCCUCUGCGGCCCCCGGGCAGCCCCAGAGAAAGUGAAUCCGGGUGCAAGCUGGAGUUUGCCAUAACCCCCAGGGUGAAGGCUAGGCUCCAGGGCACCUUCACUGCAGGGCACGGCCCCAGGCCCCAGCAGUCCUGGCAGCCCCCUCGCAUCACCUCCUGCCCUCGAGCCCCGACCAGGGGCGGAGCGGCCUGGUGGAGCCCGCACCUUGAUGAGCCCGCACCUGGCCCCGGGCUCCCGGGCUCCGGCCGGUGGGGGCUGGCCUACGCCUUCCCGGCCGGCCCCAGCCCCACGCGCACGCCGGGCGGGCCUCAGGGCGUGGGCUGGGCGCGGGCCCCCGAGCGGCCGGCGGCGCACACCUGCCCCUGCCCCUGCCCCCUGCCCACCUGCCCGCCUGCCCGCGCCUUCAUUAGGCCGCGCCUGUGCGCCCGCCAGGCACAGCAGUCCAGGCCAUGGAGCCCGCGGGGCGCGUGUGCAAGGAGCUGCGGGUGCUGUAUGACUUGUUUGUCCCCCUCCCACACCACGGCCCGCCGCAGUGCCCUACCCCAGGGAGGUUACUCACCUGUCUGCCCCUCGUUCUUCCUCUGCUGGAGGGGUGUCAGCAGUGCCCCCCUCCCGGGAUUACUGCACAUGGUGCUAGCUCUGAGAAAGCCGUCAGCACCUGGCCAGGAAGGUGGCCGGGACGCAGGAACUGGGCCCCUGGCUGCUGGCCCAGAGGUGGAAGGGCUGCUACAGGGACCAGCAUCCCAGGCACAGGAUGCUCCAGGCGAGGGGCUGCCACCCACCGAGGCAUCUGGAGGACUACCGGGGGCUGAUACGGGGCCAGGGUCCCAGCCCUCUAGCUCAGGAACUGGGCGGUGCCCCCCUCCCAGCAGGGACAGGACUCUAGACUCUUCCGGACCCCAAUCUCGGGGGAAAGGGCGCUCCCUCCAGGCAAGAGAAGCUAAGCCCAGCAAGAGGCCCUUAUCCCCUGACCCUGGACAGCAAAAGCGGCUGAAGGCCGGGGAUCUGGCCAAAGCACCGUCUCCUUGCAGCCCUCUCUCAGGCCCAACCCCCCGCCACCCAGUGCCCUGUGGGUUGGGCCGGGGCCCCUGCCACCUGGCCAACCUCCUCAGCACCCUGGCCCAGGACAGCCCAGACAAAGGCCAGAGGAAGGGGCCCCCUGAGGUGCCCUGCCAUGUUCGGAAGAAGACUCGGACCCUAUAUCGCUCAGACCAGCUGGAGGAGCUGGAGAGGGCAUUCCAAGAAGACCACUACCCCGACAGCGACAAGCGCCAGGAGAUUGCCCAGACGGUGGGGGUUGCCCCACAACGCAUCAUGGUAUUGGAGGGGAGGGGAGCAGCUGGGUGGAAUCUGGGGCUACUGACCCCCGGCCUGAGCUCGGCCCUUCUCAGUCUCUUCAGGUGCUCCCCCCAACAGGUGUGGUUCCAGAAUCGCCGGGCCAAGUGGCGGAGGGCUGAGAAGGUGAACGGGAAAGGGGACAAGGGGAGUCCUGUGGCCCCUGCCCCCACUGAUGGGUGUGGCAGCUCUGUGGCUGCUGAGCCCCCGCCUGCAGUGUCUCUGGGCCCAGGGCCUGGUGCCACCUCCCAGGAGCCCCCUCCUGAUGCUCUUCCAGAACCUUCCGUGCAGCUGGCACCUGACCGGCCCCCAGACCCCGCCCGGCAGAAUGAAGGUGCUCACAGGGUGGCCAUGAUGCCCCCACUCUUCAGCCCCCCACCAGUUCGCAGAGCUAGUCUUCCUUUUCCCCUUGGCCCUGUCCCCACCCCACAGCUGAUGCCUCUGCUGCUGGACGCCCCAGGCAGUGACGGCAGCCUCAGGGAGGGGCCCUGUGGAUCUUGGGGCACAAGCAUCACCUCACCCCCUACCUGCCCAUAUCUGGAGGAGCUGGAACCUCAGGACCACCAGCCAGGCCACCAGAAGGGGUCCUUCCCAUUCCCCCCAGGGCCCCAGCCGCUGCUUGCCCAGCCCCCAAAGCCCAUGUUGUCCUACCUGCAUCCCUUCCCCUUCCCCACACCCAGCUCACUGACACCACCCCCAAUGGAGGAUACCCUCUUCCCUGGGCUCUAUGGCCCCCAUGGGGGCUCCUCCCAGGGCUGCUUCCCAGGCCCCCCAUCAGGGCAGGUCCUGCUGCAGCCACCAACUGGGAACAUGGGUCCAGUGCCCUGGAGUGACCCCUGCCUACCGGAGCUGCCCUUCCCUGGUCCCUUCUGCACACAGGCUCUGGGCCAUCCUGCAGAGGCAGAGGGCUACUUCCCCGAUGACCUCUUCCCGGAUCCUUAUGUCCAGGCCAAGAGUGGGCAGCCUUCCCCAGGUGCCUCCAUGCCAAACGCAGUGGCCAGGCCAUCGGGAACAGGGCCCCUACUCAGCAAGGCUCCUGAGGGGCCACUGGCUGCCCCCCAGAACCAGCCAGCCACUCGAGACGAGGCCAGAGGUGAAGACAGGAGCAACCUUGUUUCCUAG